AUGGAUACAGAGAAUGCAAGUUCGCGACACAAAUUAAACGAAGAGUGGACGCUUUGGUACGACUACCAGGAAAAAAAGUACACAUACAGCUCAAACUGGAGCGAAAACCUUCAGAAAUUAGGCGCUGUUUCUGACGUGGAGACCUUUUGGGGCAUUAUGAAGGAGAUUGGGGAUGUUACCAUGCUUCCCAUAAGCUCCAAUCUGCACUUCUUCCGCACGGGGAUAGAGCCGAUGUGGGAAGACAAGAAAAAUGCGCACGGGGGAAAGUGGGUGCUUGAAAUCCCGGGAGGCUCCCCUGUGCAGGACGUGUGGACAAACACGCUUCUUUUCUGCAUAUCCGAAACCGUGAUGACCCGUCCCUCUUCCGGGGCCAGCACGGACUUUAUAAUAUCAGAUGCGACGAUAGACAGAAGCCUGGCCGGGGUAAUAUGCGGUGCUGUUUUCUCCCCCCGAAAGAACUAUACGAGGAUAAGCAUUUGGACCAGCCUGAAGGACCGGCGCGUCACGAGGAUAGGGGAGCAGUGGAAGUCUUUUGCCGGAAUAGAAGACUCGUACAAGCUCAACUUUAAAGCCCACGAGAGCGCAAUUAAAGGGUCCAGAGACCCUUCAACAGAUGUUUAUUCGUUAUAG